GCCAGAAAUCCUAGAAACCUUGAUAAAGUCUUCAUAGUCAUGAGCUUGGGGUUAAGAGAUAGCAGCCUUCUUUAAGGUGAAGCAUCCGUGGGCAGGGACCAAGAAUCCACCAAGGCUUGGAUAGGAAGCAAUAUGAUCAAACUUACCUACAUUGCUAUCAGCUUGCUAAGCUCAUUACAAAUAAGACGAACCCAUGAAGAAAAACUGCCAAAAAAGAACUGAAAGGACGCACAAGCCCACGUCUCAUCGCAAACCCAGUUCAUCACGUCACCGCGGCAAGUCUACGAAGGCCAAGAACUCCGUGGGUUCCUUUCAAUCUUCAAAGUUUCUUCACAUUCCCAUCUCUUUUCUUCAUCUUCCCAGAUCUUCUUCUGGGCAAUCACUGCCGCAUUUCGAGUUCAUUCUAAAGCACAAUUCGUUAUACCAUCCUUUGCUUGAGUUGCAAGAUUAAAUCGAGUUUUCAGGAGGGGGUUCUCAUAAUCCUAUGUGGGUUUCUUUUAAUAAGUCAGUAGGAGGUCGAUUUUGGAUUAGUUGAAUCGUGGGUCAGCUUCAAAAUCUCCAAAUUCAUCGACCCUUUAACUGGUCAAUCCCGAUAACAUGGUUUCUUUAUCGGGUUCGGUGUUCUUCCCAUUAACAGUACCCGAUUGUUCCUCUCGAUCGCGUAAAGUAACUGUUCUUGAUGCGCACAAUUCGUUUUGUUCAAAGAAAAAGGAUCGGAGAAGGGUUGUUCGUAAUUGCAUUGCGCCUCCGACGUACUUAAAGAAUAAUGGGUCACCUGCCGCCGUAAAUUCCAUUGACUCGUUUAGAUCAGAACAUAUAAGCCCAGAAAAUGAGAACAAGGAUGAGUCUGAUGUUCUUAUUGAGUGUAGAAAUGUCUACAAAUCCUUUGGAGAAAAGCAUAUAUUGAGAGGUGUGAACUUCAAGAUUAGACAUGGAGAAGCUGUGGGAGUAAUUGGGCCUUCUGGUACUGGGAAGUCUACAAUACUGAAGAUCAUUGCAGGUCUUCUUUCUCCAGACAAGGGAGAGGUAUACAUUCGAGGUAGAAAGCGAGUUGGUUUGAUCGAUGACGAGGAGCUAUCUGGUAUUCGAAUUGGAUUGGUUUUUCAGAGCGCGGCACUCUUUGACUCGUUAACUGUUCGGCAAAACGUUGGCUUCCUUUUAUAUGAAAAUUCAAGCUUGUCUGAAGAACAAAUUUCAGCAUUGGUAACUGAGAACUUAGCUGCUGUUGGGCUAAAGGGAGUUGAGGAUCGGUUACCUUCUGAAUUAUCAGGUGGAAUGAAGAAACGAGUUGCUUUAGCUAGGUCUAUAAUAUUUGAUAACACGAGGAAAGAAGUCGAGCCAGAGGUGGUGUUGUAUGAUGAACCAACUGCUGGACUUGACCCAAUUGCAUCAACUGUUGUUGAAGAUCUUAUACGUUCUGUUCAUAUUAAGGGUGAGGAUGCUAGUGGGAAGCCUGGGAACAUUGCGUCCUAUAUUGUUGUCACCCACCAACAUAGUACCAUUAGGAGAGCUGUUGACAGGUUAAUAUUUUUACAUGACGGAAAGGUUGUCUGGCAAGGAAUGACUCGUGAAUUUACAACUUCUACUAAUCCAAUCGUUCAGCAGUUUGCAUCGGGAAGCUUGGACGGUCCGAUUAAGUACUAGGAGAUACACUAAUGAUCAUGCACUCACCAUUCCUAAAUCUCAGGAGGUAACAGAGCUUAGUUACAGGGAAGACAGAUAUAUGUAUGUCUGCAUACUCCUCUUAGAAUUGUCAUCUAGUGUUUCUGUAGCAGCAAAUGCUACAAGUUUAAAUCACGGGAUAUCAUGUAGAGAUUGUUUUGCCGGGAUGAAUCGAUAUUAAGCAAUAAAAUUAAACGUUCAAAAAUUUA